AAAUUGUCAAAAUUAACUGUUGCUUUGUUGCUGCAGAUCACUGUAUGAACAAAACUUAACGUGUGUUCACAAACUAAUAAGUAAAAAACACUUAAAUAUAAACAACAGGAACACUUGUUGCAAUAUUACUGCAGUUUUUAAGGCUGUUGUCCUGCUUCUCUGUAACUUGUGUUCUUUGAGUGUUUAUCUGAGACUGACACCUAGUAGACUUUUCAUUAUAAAAGUUCCCCAUUUCUAGUCCAGGAGAGUCACUUUCCCACAGAGUUUAGUUUGAUUUUUAAUUAAAUAAACCUGAAUCAAGUAGUCAAGGUUUUUGCAUUCACUUUAAGCAAGAGAGAUGUGUCAGCAGGAGCAGGAAUGAGGAACCUGUUUUACAGACUCGCAGACACACCUGUUUUACACACAUCUCUCAAACACAGAACCAGGAAACACUGAGUUCAGGGAAAUAGAAACUGAAGUGUAGUUGAGCUGUUGUGUGUUUGUGUCUCUGUAUUAGUGCAGUAAAAUGGCAGAAGCCAGAUUUUCUCAGGAUGAGUUCUUGUGUCCGGUGUGUCUGGAUCUCCUGAAGGAUCCAGUGACCAUCCAGUGUGGACACAGUUACUGUAAGAGCUGUAUUACAGACUGCUGGGAUCAGGAGGAUGAGAAGAGAGUCUACAGCUGCCCUCAGUGCAGACAGACCUUCAGUCCAAGACCUGCUUUAUUUAAGAACGUGGUGUUUGCUGAAAUGCUGGAGAAACUGAAGAAGACUAAACUUCAAAGUGUGGUUCCUGCUGGAGCUGGAGAUGUUCAGUGUGACGUCUGUACUGGAAGAAAACACAAAGCCAUCAAGUCCUGUCUGGUGUGUCUGAACUCUUACUGUCAGAAUCACCUCGAACAACAUGAGAGUUUGUUUAAAGGAAAGAGACACAAUCUGACUGAAGCCACUGGACGACUGCAGGAGAUGAUCUGCCAGAAACAUGAGAAGCUCCUCGAGGUUUUCUGUCGCACUGAUCAGAAAUGUAUAUGUGUGCUGUGUUUGGUGGAUGAACAUAAAAACCACGACACUGUAUCAGCUGCAGCACAGAGGACAGAGAAACAGAAGCAGCUGAAGGAGACGCAGAAGACGUUCCAGCAGAGAAUCCAGCAGAGAGAGAAAGAUCUCCAGCAGCUGAGAGAGGCUGUGGAGUCUCAGAAGCGCUCUGCACAGACAGCAGUGGAGGACAGUGAGAGGAUCUUUACUGAGCUCAUCCGCUCCAUUGAGAGAAGCCGCUCUGAGCUGAUACGGCUGAUCAGAGAUCAGGAAAAGCAAGCAGUGAGUCGAGCUGAAGGACGACUGGAGCGACUGGAGCAGGAGAUCAAUGAUCUGAGGAGGAGAGACGCUGAGCUGGAGCAGCUUUCACACACACAGGAUCACAUCCAGUUCCUGCAGAGUUUCCAGUCUCUCUCAGCUCCUCCUGAAUCUACAGACGUAAAUGAUGAUCUCUUCAGUUCUCUCGUCUCUUCUGAUGCUCUGAGAGAAUCUGUCCAUCAGCUGAGAGACAAACUGGAGGAUUUCUGCAAAGAGGAGCUCAAGAAGAUCUCAGACAGAGAAACAUUCACCAACAUUGUUCCCAGGACCAGGAACCACUUCCUACAAUAUUCCCAUCAGCUCACUCUGGAUCUGAACACAGUGAAUAAAUACCUCCAUCUGUCUGAGAGAAACAGAGUGAUUACUCGCACUGGCACAGUCCAGCCGUAUCCUGAUCAUUCAGACAGAUUUGAUGUGUCUCAGGUGUUGUGUAGAGAGAGUGUGUGUGGACGCUGUUACUGGGAGCUGGAGUGGAGUGGAGAUGAUGGUGUGUUUAUAUCAGUGUCAUAUAAGAGCAUCAGCAGGAAGAGAUCGGGUAAAGAGUGUGGGUUUGGAUAUAAUGAUCAGUCCUGGAGUUUGAUCUGCUCUCCAUCCAGAUACUCAUUCAGUCACAAUAACAUAGUGACUGAUCUCUCUGUGAAGCCCAUCAUCAGUAGAAUAGGAGUGUAUGAUGAUGAUGAUGAUGAUGAUAUUUAUAGAAUAGGAGUGUUUGUGGAUCACGGAGCAGGAACUCUGUCCUUCUACAGCGUCUCUGACACAAUGAGCCUCAUCCACACAGUCCAGACCACAUUCACUCAGCCGCUCUAUCCUGGGUUUGGAGUUUAUCUUACUGGAUCAUCAGUGAAACUGUGUGGAUGAAUCAGAAUAGACUGACGAGAGAUUCUACCCAUAAUGCUUUGAGCUGCAUGAUAAAUCAGUAACAGUGAGAUGUUAUCCACCUUUUUCUUGCUGUAAAUAUGGGCCAUUUGUAGAUUCUAUGGGUCUGGCUUCCGGUCUCAUCUGAGUCCAAAUAUUUUUAGCUGUACAAAACAGUUUGUUUUGCUGCUUGAUAUUGAAAAUUGGAGUGUCUUACCAUAUUAUAUCAACGUAUUAUCUUAAUUAUGAACACACUGGUUUGUAAUGCAAACAGUUUUGCCGUUUACUGCACGUUCUUCUCGUUAUUUCCCUAGCGGCUAAUGAACCGGAAGUCUCACCCAAAGGUUUACUUCCACGUUGAAGAAAAAGGUGGAUAGAGUCUCUUCUUUUCUCUUCAUGACAUUAAUACUGCAGCUGAACUUCUGUCACUGAAAUAACAUGAAUCAGAAUAAAUGUAAUAAAUCCUCACAUAGACAGAUCGGUGUGUAUCUCAGUGACAGUGUGUAUCUGUGCUUUUCUCAACCUCUGUUUGUGUUGAUUUAAAUCAGUCAUUUAGUUUUUAAUGUAGUGUCUCAUUUUUAUUAUUACUAUCAAAACUAUCUUUAAAUUCACAUGAUCACACACAGUCAAUAAAUCAUUUUCAUUAUUUACGUAAUGUAGCCCUGGCCUUUUCCAGCAUUUUUAUCUUCUGGUGACAUGAGCCGCUUAUAAUAAUUGGUGUUAAAAUAUGUAAAUGACAUGAAAUUUCAAGAUGUUAUAUUUGUUCUACAUGCAAUUAAAUAAAUUAAUUUAAAAAUUGUGAAUGAACCACUGGUUUUAAAUAUCACUGAAUGACAUGAGGGAGAGUGAAUGAUGAUGGAAAAAUAUCCCAAUCCUGACCUAAGUAACGACUAGCUGAAUUACAGAAGCACUGGACACAAAAACAGGUAAAUGAUUUUUAGCCUGAAGCAUAAGUGCAGUUCUUUCAGAGAUGCUGAAGCACAUGAGCAUUGAGACAGAAGAGCUGCUAAACGCCACAGAAACACAUCCUCACAAGAUCAAAGCAGCACCUCCAUGACUCAACAAAACCUGCAGACCAGAGCCAUGAAGACAUGAUUCAGCAUGAGUCACCGUCUCUACAUGAGCUCCUCAGACAUUUCAGAAAGGCUGAUUUCAGGGAUGUCAGACACCAAACCCUGACUCUAUGUGCAUGCAGAAGAGGAAAAAUCACACAGUUAAUUAGAUGCAUUAUACUGUUUCAAAUGCUAGAGUGUACAAUAUACUUGAUUUCACAACAAACACUGGCUGUUUUAGAGGAAAUUGAAUAAAUAAAAUAUUAAAUGAUUAAAUAUGUGUUCUGAGUUUGUCACACCACAGAAAAAUGUGUCAUCCAAUUUUUAAAAAAUAAAUAAAUAAAUAAAUAAAAAACACCAAGUAAAUAAAA